GCGCUUUCAUGAAGGAUGACCGGCCGACGCAGGUAAAACGUGAUUUGGUGGAGUGCAGCGCCCCAUCUAGUACUUUGGACGCCCUCAGGAUUCUCUUUUGUGCGCGCCGAUCUUCAUACACAUCUAUAGAGGCGGCUGAGAGUCUUGUUGUCUUCUUCUUGCGGUCGAGGGCGCCACCAUUCAACCUGAUACUACGCCCGAGACGUGCAUUCUUUCGCGUAAGCCAUGGCUGGAAAGCACGAGCCACAGCCAAUGGCCAUCGUGGGGAUGGGGUGCCGCUGGGCAGGGGGCGUUCGUGACGCGCCGGGGCUCUGGGAGUUUCUGAUCAACAAGCGAUCCGGCUACCAGGACUGGGCCGCGCCUCGCUUCUCCGCCAAGGGCUUCUAUCAUCCGAACCCGGAACGACCGGGGACGACUGCAGCCAAAGGCGGCUACGUCGUGACCGAGGAUCCGCGGCUUUUCGACCCCGCCUUCUUUGGCAUCUCCGGCCUCGAAGCCGAGACCAUCGACGCAUCGCAACGCAAGCUGCUGGAGGUCGUGUACGAAGCCUUUGAGAAUGCGGGCGACACGUGGGAGAGCGUCGAUGGAACGCGCAUGGGCGUCUACGUUGCCGACAUUUCCUCCGACAACUCGUAUGCGCAGACGCGCGACUGGGAAUAUGCGCGGCCGCAUGCGACGACGGGGGUGUGCCACAACAUCCUCAGCAAUCGGAUAAACUACAUCUUCAAUCUGCGCGGUCCCAGCGUCACGCUCGACAGCGCAUGCACCUCCGCUCUCUAUGGCCUGCAUAUGGCCAUACAAGCUAUUCGCGAUGGCAGCUGCGACUCGGCCAUCGUGGCCACGGCAAACUGGAUCAUGGAUCCCAGCAUGCAGAUCGCCAUGGACAAGCUCGGUGCCUUGUCGGCGACCUCGAUGAGCCACGCGUUCGACGCCUCUGCCGACGGCUACGCACGCGGCGAAGGCUUCGCUGCCAUCUACCUGAAGAAGCCUGAAAAGGCCAUAGAAGACGGCUCCCCCAUCCGCGCGCUUGUUCGCGGCAGUGCCAUCGGCGCCAACGGCCGCUCGAGCGGCAUCACCCACCCCAGCGGUCCCGCGCAGGAGGACAUCAUCCGCAAGGCGUACGAGAACGCAGGCGGGCUGCGGCCCUGCGAGACGCCCUUUCUCGAGUGCCACGGAACCGGCACACGAGUUGGCGACCCGCUCGAGGUGGAGGCGGCGGGGAAGGUCUUCGGGCCAGGACGGUCUGAUGCGCGCGAAGACCGCCUGCUGAUCGGGUCAGUGAAGACGAAUCUGGGCCACACGGAAGGCGCAGCGGCGCUCGCCGGCAUUUUCAAAGCGGUGCUCGCGCUGGAGGCGGGCGUCAUACCACCAAGCAUUGGCGUGAAGACACUGAAUCCCAGGAUCGACUUCGACACGGCCAAGGCCGAAGUCGUGACGGAGGUGAUCCCCUGGCCGAAAGGGAAGCUGCGACGAGCAAGUGUGACGUCGGCCGGCUUUGGAGGCUCCAUCGGGCACUGCAUUCUCGACCACGUGAACGUCGUGUAUCCGGACUACGUCAAGCCGGGCAUUGUGGGCAGAGCCCAGACCAAUGGCAUCCACGAGACGAAUGGCAUCCACGAGACGAAUGGUAUCCACGAGACGAAUGGUAUCCACGAGACGAAUGGUGUCAAUGGGACGAAUGGUGUCAAUGGGACAAAUGGGACCAACGGAGCUACGCACGCCAACGGCUUCCACCAUGCAAAUGACAGUGCCCACGUCCGUUCGAAUGGUCACCACAACGGAUCCACGAAGAUAGCACAUCUCCCCGCCCGCGUGCCAAAGGCUACGAGAAGGGCCGAUCCCGGUACCCGCCAGCUCGUGCUCCUUCCCUUCUCGGCACACAGCGACUCCUCCCUGAAGGCAAACAUCGACGCCAUGACCCACGUUAUCAACCAGCACUCCCUAGCAGACGUUGCUUACACCCUUGCAGACCGCCGAUCCAAGCUCACCCAGCGAACCUUCCGCAUUGUGAACAAGGAUCAUGUCACACAGGGACUGCUGGACGACGUCCAAAAGGUUUUUUCCAGCCCGCCUGACGCUCUGCGGCUCGGUUUCAUCUUCACUGGCCAGGGCGCGCAGUGGCACGCCAUGGGAGCCCAGCUCUUUGAAUACCGCGUUUUCCGCUCUGCCAUCGAGCAUCUGGACCAUGUUCUUGGCACGCUACCCGGGGCCCCGUCCUGGACAAUCGAAGAUAUUCUUUCCGGAAAUUGCGGUGUGGACCGCGUUCACAUGCCAGAGAUCUCGCAGACAGUGUGCACGGCCGUCCAGAUCGGCCUCGUGGAUCUUCUCGCCUCGUGGACCGUCCUCCCCUCAGGCGUCGUCGGACAUUCGUCUGGCGAGAUGGCAGCGGCAUAUGCGGCGGGUCGAAUCACGGCUGCUGAGUCAAUAACAGCUGCGUAUUACCGCGGUCAAGCUGUCUCCUGCAACAAGCAGAAGGGUGCCAUGCUGGCGGUGGGUCUGGAUGUGGAUCAAGCCUCUUAUUACCUCAAUGGUCAAGAGCAAGAUAUCAAGAUCGCUGCUAUUAAUUCGCCGGGAAGCGUCACUCUAUCCGGCGAACAAGAGGCUGUGGAGAAGCUCUCAAAGACCCUUACCCAGGAUGGCGUCUUCAACCGGCUGCUGAAGACGGGUGGGAACGCGUACCAUUCGCACCACAUGGCUGCGCUAGGGCACGAAUACGAUGCGCUGCUCUCAGAUGGGCUGACCCGUCUCGAGAACCUUAGGAUGCGCGACGAACGCCAACGAUACCCCCACAUUCCCUGGGUCUCGUCGGUCACCCCGGAUAAGCGCAUGCUAGAUAAGAGCGUCCCUUCGUCCUACUGGAGAGCCAAUCUCGAAUCUCCUGUUCGCUUUGCCAACGCUGUUGCAAAUAUUGUACAGCAGGAAGGUCUCGACAUCGGAGCACUCGUAGAGAUCGGGCCGCAUCCCGCUCUCAAGAGCCCUCUUGACCAGAUACUCAAGGCUGUUGGCAAAACUAUCCCAUACGUGGGGUCUCUGAAGCGCGGGGAAGACGGUCGAAGAUCGGUACUGCAGAUUGCCGGCUCUCUGUUCGGACUGAAUGCUAAUGUCGAUCUGGUCGCAGUCAACGCGACUGACGAGCGCGCUGGAGGAGAAUGGUCGCUAGCACAUGGCGUCACCGCAAUAGAUCUUCCCCCGUAUCAAUACGUUUAUGGACCGGUCAGCUAUUACGAGAGCCGGUCAAGUAAGGAGUUCCGCCUCCGCCGCAUCUCUAGACACGACCUCGUAGGGUCCAAGCUGGCCGGCAACGCAAAGUUACGACCACAGUUCCGCAACGUCUUGCGCCUAAAGGACCUUCCCUGGCUGGCAGACCAUCGCUUGCUCCCCGACGUCGUCUUCCCGGCUGCUGGAUACAUAUCUAUGGCCAUGGUAGCGGCAUCCCAGAUCCACGAGGAGUUCCCGGAUGCGUUGCCUGUUGUGGGCCAUUCGCUUCGCAAUGUCAACAUCAAGACAGCGCUAAAGAUCCCUGAGGACCAGCAAGGGAUAGAGAUCAUCCUCAGUAUGGAGCUCGCUGCCACGGCGACUGCACAGACGCCGGCAUGGGCCAGCUUCUCGGUCAGCUCUGUCGCUCGCGACUCAGAGCAGUGGACCGAGCACUGCACGGGCCUGGUAAAGGUAGAUGUUUCGAACUUUGUGGAUGGCGUCAAGAUCAGCACAGCCACGGAAUCUCGGCCUGCGGAUACACGCAGCUGGUACAAGAAGUUUGCAGAGAUCGGCUUAGGAUACGGUCCAGCAUUCCAGGCACUCUCAGAGAUCCGCGCAGAUCCGACGAAAAACCAAGCCUCUGCGAAGCUCGGUCUCAAGACGACCGCAGGCAUCGUAAAGGGGGGAGAGUCCUCUUAUCCCAUCCAUCCCGCCUCUCUGGAUGCCAUGAUUCAGCUUGGCCUCCUCGCCUGCCACGGGGGUCAAACCGAUAGGGCAACUACCGCGUUCGUUCCAAUCUAUCUCUCAGAGUUGCGCCUGCGGACCGGAAACGAUCAAGACUGGGGCAUUGCUGUAGCUCUCGGAGAAUUCCGGGGACUCCGGUCGGCCUACCUCCAAUUGCAGCUAGAGAACCAAGCGGGCGACCUGCUCCUCGACAUCAAAGACCUUCGUUGCAUCAGCUACAGCCUCGAGGACCAGUCUCCUAGGAAAGACCGUGCCAAGGCUUUCGCUAGCCCAUUUACUCGUAUGAUUUACAAGCCGAAUUUCCGUACGCUCAGCAACCGACAGGCUCAGGAGCUCUUCCCACCUCCAGCAGAAAAUGUUGAAAAAGGACCUCUUCUUGACUGCCUCGAGACCAUAGCGGCCUUGAUUGCCGUUGAUGUGUACGAGACGUUUAUCUCCGGGAACAAUACUGUGCUGGAUACAUCCGGAACAAUAGGGCACUAUGUCGCAUGGAUCAGAAAAUUAGUAGAGGAGACUCCAUCAGACCUCAUCAUCGAAGCCAGGCAGCUCUCUCCUUCCAUACGACUUCAAAUGCUGCAAGACCGGUACCAGGCCACCAGCCACCUUGUCGAGACGAAGGCUUUGCAGCGCCUGCAUGAGAACAUGUCGGACAUGUUGCAGAGCCGUAGGCCCGGUGAAGAAAUCCUGGCGGAGGGCGGUCUGUUGGCCGAGUUUUUUGACAGCAGCCUAUUCCUCACGGGUGCACACCCCCAGAUUGUUAAACUUUUCGACUCCCUCACCCAUGCCAACCCUGGCCUCAGGAUCGUAGAGCUUAAGGGUGGGAAAGGCCAUACGGCACGCCUAGUGGUGGAGACGCUCAGUAGCAUGAACAGCAUCAAACGCUACCGAGACUACACCGUGACUGACGUUUCUGAAGCCGCCCUGCAGACGGCUCGAGGCCAGCUUGCUGAGCACCACGAUGUCGGCUUUUCCGUUCUGGACAUGGAGCAGGGCCCAAAGGAACAGGGCUACCAGCCGAUUUACGACGUUGUACUUGCAUCGCAAGCUGUGCACACUGCCUCAUCCAUCGCAAAUGCGCUGGAGAAUGCCCGGGCACUGCUAAAGCCGGGAGGCAAGCUGAUCCUGGUUGAGUUCACAGGGAGCAGUCCAUGGGUCGGCCUCAUCGGUGGCGCACAAGUUGGUUACUGGCAUGGCGUGCACGAUGGCCGCAUUGACAGUCCCUUCCUAAAUGUUACGCAGUGGGAUGAAGCACUGCGCGUGGCUGGCUUUUCAGGGGUAGAGCUAACGCUGGAGGAUUACCCACAUCCGAACACGUACUCAACCGUCCUAGUAUCUACCCUCCUCGAUACCGUUCAGCACAGUGUCGAGACAGCUGGCCCUCAAGUUGUCCGGCUCCUCCAUGGUACGCAAGGAGCACCACCCCUCGUGGGCCAGCUAGCGCGCGAGCUGGAACGCCGCAGUCUACAACCCAAAACAGUUCCGCUUGAUAGCACACUGAGCGAGGUACCCCCAAAUGCGCGUGUAAUUGCCUUCCUUGAUGGCGAAAAUCUACUACUGGAGGCCGACCGGCAACGUCUCGAGAUCUUCAAGUACCUCGCCCACCACACGACGAGCAUGGUGUGGUUGACGUCGACGGGUAUGACACAGGGGCGCAGUCCUGACGGAGCGGUUGUCGGCGGACUCCUGCGCACGAUCUCAACUGAAGCACCGACAGGCCGCUUCUUCUCGAUUGAUAUCGAUGCUGAUGACUUCAACGUUGUCAGUGGGCUUGACAGAGACGAGCUCGUCCGUGUUGUCGCCGACCUGGAACAAGGACUGCAAGAGGUUAAAGACGUCGAGAGCAGUGACGAUCGAGAGUUUGCCUGGCACAGCGGUUGUCUCUGGGUGAGUCGGCUAGUGCCUGAAGCAGCACUGCAAGGGUACGCUGAGCGCCUCCCAACGCCAAUAACCCACGGCGUCGAGAUGUUGCCGCUUGACAACCAGGGUCCUAUGCGUGCCGCUUUCGAGACAUCCGGUAUUCUCAGCUCGCUCUAUUUCCGCCCCUAUACCGAGCUCCGCCAGCAGCCGCUGUCGCGUGACUGCAUUGAGGUUAAAGUGGCCGCCAUGGGACUGAACUGGAAAGACCUAGCGCUCGCCACUGGCCGUUUUGACAGCAACAACCUGUCAUCGGAGUACGCAGGUAUCGUUACUCGCGUGGGUGCUGAUGCAGCCAGUCGCUUUGCCGUAGGCGAUAAGGUAUAUGGCUUAGGCAAAGGUCAUUUCGGCAACUAUGAGCGCAUGCCUGCUUCUCUUGCCCAGAAAGCGAGUCCCGAGGACAACUUGGUCGACGUGGCUACCCUGCCCGUGGUGUUCAUGACGGCUGUAUACGCAUUCGAGCACCUUACGCGUCUGCGCAAGGGGCAAAAGGUACUGAUACAGUCAGCAUCAGGUGGCGUCGGCCUAGGUGCGAUUCAACUAGCGCGUGCCAAAGGGGCCGAUGUCUUUGCCAUGGCUGGCUCGCCGGAGAAGGUGCGCUUCCUCGUGGAAACAGCUGGACUGCCACGCUCUCACGCGUUCGCCGCACGCGAUCCCGCUCAGUUAGCGCACGCUGUGACUGCCACAUGCAAUGGCGGUUUCGAUGUCAUCCUUAGCACCGCGCAGGGUGAUAUGCUCUACGAGACCAUCAAAGCCCUGGCGCCGCUCGGACACCUAAUCGAUAUCGGUCGACUGGAUGUCAACGAUGCCAAGGCCGUGGGGCUCGAAGUCUUCCAGAAGAGCGCAAGCUUCUCGUCCUUUGACCUUGCGCGCGUAGUCGACCGCGACCCGGAGCUAGGCGCAGAGCUCAUGGCGGCUGUAGACAAGCAUUACCGUGCCAGGCGCAUCGGCCCGAUCCGUCCCUUGGUCGCCUCGGACAUCUCCCAGCUUGAUCAAACCCUGCUCGGAUUCUCAAAAGGGACUCAUGUCGGCAAACUAGUGGUAAUAUUCCAGAACCCCGACUCGUUGGUGCGGAUGGUGCCGGCAACUCCAGCAGCAACCUUCGACCUGGAAGCAUGCUAUAUCAUCACAGGAGGACUCAGCGGUCUUGGGAGAUCAAUUAUCCAGUGGAUGGGCGAUCGCGGCGCGAGGGAGCUAGUAGUUCUCUCGCGUCGCGGACCUGAUGCCCUUGAGGCUCAAACGCUCGUCGACGCACUGGCUGAACGUGGUGUGCGAGUCCGCCCCGUUGCUUGUGACCUUUCCAACCCUGAGCAGGUUGUGCGCGCUGUCGAGGAAGCAUCCGCCGCCCGGCCGUUGAAGGGCAUCGUCCACUGUGCGGUAUCUUACCAAGAUAUUUCCUUUGACAAGUUAUCCCUUGAAGGCUGGUGCGACGGGCUUGCGGCCAAGGUGCUCGGCACUCGGAAUCUACACGAAGCCACGAAGGAUCUGCCACUGGACUUUUUCGUCAUGACCACGUCCAUUCUCUCGGUGCUCAGCUUCGCGACGCAGAGCGCAUACACGGCGGCCAACAACUUCCAGGACCAAUUCGCGCGGUACAGACGUCGUCUCGGCCUACCUGCGACAGCAGCCCAAUUCGGACUCGUCAACGACGUCGGCCAUCUGAGCACCGACAACACCACGCUCGAGCUGAUGGCGCGCAACAAGGUUCUAACCGUCCCCGAGAGCUACUUCCUCCGCCUCCUCGAACCCGCUUUCCUCAACCGCCAUGACGCUGAGUCCCUUGUACAAUGCACCGGUGCUGCGUCGGACCCACUAGCUGCAGCUACCUAUGUGACUUACAUGGAUCCAGCGCACAUGGCCGCCAGAGAGCGCGAGGAUGCGGAGAUGGGCAUCCGCAGCAGUACUACCUCACCACGCUGGUACAGCGACGCGCGUGUCUCGCACGUGAUGCGUGCCUUUGACGACGCGAUGCGGCACAGCGCGAGCGACGAGAACGGGUCUGGAGCCGCGGCUAACGGCGAAGGAGGGGGACGUUCCGCAACCGCGCAGCUGCGUCGCGACUUCAACGAAAUCGUUCAGAAGGCGCUCGCUGCGCCUACUCAGACUGACCAGCUCAAGCAGCGCGCGCACGCGGUGGAGCUUGUCACGGGAGGCAUCACGGCGACGGUGGCGUCGAUGCUGCUUUUGGAUCCAGUCACGGUGAACGCGGCUCGUGCAGUGUCGGAUCAUGGUGUCGAUAGUCUCAUUGCUGCGGAGCUGCGUAAUUGGUUCCAUGCGGCACUUGGGUCGAAAAUCAGCAUGGUUGAUCUUUUGGAUCCGCGCACGAGUAUUAGUGCGCUGGCGGCGAGGGUGGUGGAUGGUGCACUUGAGAGGAAGGGUUAGGGUGAGUGGGAAGGGGGGAGAGAGGGGAAUUAGGGGAAUUACACUCGUUUGAUAUCGUGUGGGCAUGAAUUUUCUUAUCAUAUUUGGAGCUAAUAGAGUCAUGUCUAGAAAUAUUAGAAAUGUGUUUGGACUACUGAGCCACCGGAGGUGGAGCUACGUCUAAUGAUUUUAGAAUGGAUAGA